CUCAUUUUGCAGCUUGACUUUGUGUUGGCCACAUCCCACUAAAGUGUUCAACACAUCGCAAUCGUUAGUAUAACAACCUUUAAUUUUAACACAGGUUGUGAUUUGAAGAGCCAAGGUGAGCUAUUGUAGCGAGCAUAUAGCUAUAUAUUACAGAAACUCCGGAUUUUUUUUAACAUCUUGAAGCUAGCUAACGAUAGCGUUAGCAAAGCAGCUCCAGGGAUGGCGGAGGUUCCCGGGACAUCAAGUGAGACGAUAACGGAGACUGUUCAGACUAGCACGCCGCCGCCGCCCCAGCAGGAGGGACGAAGCCUGACAAUCAAGCUGAGGAAGAGGAAGACUGAGAAGAAGGUGGAGUGGUCAAGUGACACUGUUGACAAUGAGCACCUGGGAAGAAGGUCUUCAAAAUGCUGCUGUGUUUAUGAGAAGCCUCGACAGUUUGGAGAGUCAUCCUCUGAGAGCGAGGGAGACGAUGAUGAAGAGGGCUGCGGCAGUGCUCACUGCAUCCUGGGCCACGGCAGGAGAGGCCACGGACAGAGAGGGGCCGGGGGGACCACAGUGCCCCCAAACUCUGGAGGGUCACACACCCACUAAUGAGCACCGCAGGUCGAUUGCGGGGUCUGAGUGGUUUCCCACCACAACAAUGACACAUUACAAAGCUGCACUCUUUGUUUUAGUUUAGGUCCAUCACUGAGGUACAGGCAGGCCUGGUGCUGCGUUCUAGUCAUGAGUCACAAACUCCCGGCUGCUGGAGCAGGACAACAGCCUCUGUGCUGCUGUUCUUAUUGAAUUAGCCUCAUUGAAAACCCUGCUCUCCUUUCAACAGCUGAAAGCAUGCUCAGUAUUGCGCCAACUAACAAACAUAACAUGGAAUGAUAACUGCAAGUUCACAUUUUACAUUUCUUUUUAACUCUAUGACACAUGCUGUGAUGAUAAUCGGAUUUAAAGGGCCAUACCAGUGUUUUUUUGUUUGCACGGUUUAGCCCUUUUAUUACAAACCACACCCACUUAGCAUUAGCUCUCGGCGGGCGUAGGAUGGUACGAUUUGAAAUGGUUCCAUAUUUUCCAGGCAGACACUGGUUUCCAUUUAUUUCGCGACGCUAUGAAGAUGAAGUUUGAGGUUUGUAAUCCAUCAGAGUGAACGCCAUGUUCACUUCCACAGAGUUGUUGUUGUCCAUCACAGCGUCCAUACGUGACAUGACUUACUUAGUUUACUAUCACUCUUACUGCAGACAUCAGAACUGGUGAGAAUUAGUGUCAAUAAUCAAUUAUCAGUAUAGAUGUAGAUGAUUUUCUGUCCGUCCACAAACUGACACAGUCAAAAAUCAGUUUGGCUUUAUUAUCGAUUUUUUUUCGUUAUGAAUAUUUUGGUUUUCAGGAAAGGAAAUGAAAAACUUUAUUAACCAUCAUAAGCUUUCAUGUCUUGAAAUGUCUUUUGUCCACAAACCCACAGACGCCAGUGGAUAAAUUCAGUGGAAAUUUUUUGCUGAUUAAACGACUUGAACAAUAACUAAUACGUUUUUUGUUAAGGAAUUUUAUUUAUAUAUUUAUUUCUGACACAAAAUACGUCAUCAGCCUGCACUUACACCUGCAUUACCAUCCAUUAGUAACAAACAGAAAUGGUGGGUAAUAUGAGCUAAAACAAAUAACAUACUGUAUUACAGUGAUGUCACCAUGUCAAAAAUGGAUUACUUAUUUACUGAAUUGAAUUCAAAAUUCUGUCCCUGUCAACAGCUAAAACAAACAUGAUAACGUGCCAGCUAAUGUCUGUAAGUGUUUAACCCUUUACUAUAGCAUGGACUAACACCAGUACACUAACUAACUAACUAACUAGCCUCAGAUGUCCAGCAGCAGGAGCUUAGUCUCAUCCCGCAGUGAAAUGAGUGGAAACCAGUGGAAACAAAGUGUCUGUGAUUUGUCGUGAAUUCGCUAAAACAAAUGUUAACGUCUUCAACUCAUGAUGUCGCCACAGUCAGGUGGUUGCAGAGUUGAUAGACCUUCGCUCAGACUCCCAACGUCGUCGUGUCGCACUUUCCCCAGCAGCAUGUCGGACAAUGAAGCGUCACUGGAACGCAGCAUCCAGUGAGUCGGGAGCUGUGAGGACGUGGAGGUAGAGAGGCCGUAACGUGUGUAUGUUCCUUUUGACAAAGUGGCAGAGUUAAUUGUAUAUAAUACAGCACAAUGAUUUUUAUUUUAUUUUAUUUAUUUGCUGGUCUCAAUUCUAAACUUGCUAACACUUGAGCACAGUCUGUUUGCCGCUACAAACCGUGAUGUGAGAGUUAGAAUAGAGUGGAUUAAAGACCGGACGCAAACACAGAUCUCCCUCUCACAUUUCUAAUUUGGAGACCAAAUUCCAACUUUUGUGACAAUUGCUGACAGAACAUAGACUUAAUUACAUUAUUGCUGCACAGGCUUCUAGCAGCAUCAGUAUAAUCGGUCAGACCUCAGUGAUCAGUGUCAGACAGUUCAGCCCUGGGCCCUGUUCUUCACUUGUGGCUAACUUAAUGAAUUAGAUUCAACACAAGCAACACGUUAUUCAGUUCUUUAAACCUGUUCACCAAGUUUAUCUGACACCACUGUCUUAGCAACAAGACGUUGACCACAAACUUUAGUCACAGAUGACUCCUCUCUCUGACACACACCGAUGUAUUUAUUAUUUAAGAUAAUUAGCUCUAACUGUAUCUGAGGAAGGAGUUAGCUGGUUAACACCAUGAUAACCUGGAUUACUUAACCCAUGUCUUCAGACAUGGUCCUGAAGACAUGACAUGACUCAAGCUAACCUAAAUUUUAUGUGGAUCCUUCAGUUCAAAGCUGAAAACGUUUAAACAUGCAAAAAAGUGCAACAUAUGAAUUACAGUCAGUAUAUACGAAGAGAACAUUUUUAAUAAUAAAAGAAUGUAUUCAUAAUUACAACUGGAGUUUAAAUGGAGAUUUUCUUAUACUAUAACUAUAUUCUUAUCCUCUUUGAUUCCCAUAAUCAUACCAAUUUACAAAGUUGUCCCCAGGAAACUUCGUUGACUUUAAGAGGAACUGAAGUAAAGCAGCUGUUGCUUUAGCUAUAGUUUUUAAAGCUCCAUAUUUUCCUCUUCUCUUCUGUUUUAUUUGAAGUAUUGAUCCAUAAGAAGAUAUA